AUGGGGGGGAGCCGGGCGCGGGUGAUCGGCGCGGGGGGUGGGAGGAGCCGGUCUGCGGGCGGGAGGGAAUCUGGACCGCGACCGAGAGUCUGCGAGCGCCGCGUGCCCGCUGCAGCUAACUCUGGAGGGAAGACCGGAGCUAAGCUUGCCAGGACAAAUCAGAUCAGAUUUGAAGCGUGCCAUGCCAAGGAGUUUAGGAACGCAAAAGAGUAUGUCAUUUGGAAAUGCUCUGUUACAAGUAGCAUAAUAUCCAACACAGUGUGGCUAAAUGAUAUGACAAUUAUCUUGCGCAAGAAAUCUGGGAAGCAGCUGAAGCACGAUGAGGGGCAGUACCCUGGGGCCAGCCACGAUUUGAACGCCCUGCCCUGCAGCUCUUUGGACGGAAGAACCCAGAACCCUGCUCUCACUGCUCACCAGGUUAGACUUGAACAUGUUUCUGUUUUUAUUUCAGUUAACCAGGUGCUGCUGUUCCUUCUGAUUGUGACCCUCUGUGGGAUUCUAUAUAAGAAAGUUCAUAAGGGGACCAUGCUCAGGAAUGAAGCAGAUGAUGACUCUGAGACCCCAGAGGAGAUGGAGGAUGAAAUUCCGGUGGUGAUCUGUGCAGCAGCAGGCAGGAUGGGCGCCGCCAUGGCCGCCAUCAACAGUAUCUACAGCAACACCGAUGCCAACAUCUUGUUUUACGUAGUUGGGCUCCGGAACACUCUGUCCCGAAUACGGAAAUGGAUCGAACAUUCUAAACUGAGAGAAAUAAACUUUAAAAUCGUGGAAUUCAACCCUGUGGUCCUUAAAGGAAAGAUCAGACCAGACUCCUCGAGGCCUGAGCUGCUCCAGCCUCUGAACUUUGUUCGAUUUUAUCUCCCUCUGCUUAUCCACCAACACGAGAAAGUCAUCUAUUUGGAUGAUGAUGUAAUCGUCCAAGGAGACAUACAAGAAUUGUAUGACACCACCUUGGCCCUGGGCCACGCGGCAGCUUUCUCCGACGACUGCGAUCUGCCCUCCUCCCAGGACGUACACAGGCUUGUGGGGCUGCAGAACACAUACAUGGGCUAUCUGGACUACCGGAAGAAGACGAUAAAAGACCUUGGCAUCAGCCCCAGCACUUGCUCUUUCAAUCCUGGUGUGAUUGUUGCCAACAUGACAGAAUGGAAGCACCAGCGGAUCACCAGACAGUUGGAGAAAUGGAUGCAAAAAAAUGUGGAGGAAAAUCUCUACAGCAGCUCGCUGGGAGGAGGGGUAGCCACCUCCCCAAUGCUGAUUGUGUUUCACGGGAAAUACUCCACCAUCAACCCCCUAUGGCACAUAAGGCACCUGGGCUGGAAUCCAGAUACCAGAUAUUCAGAGCAUUUUCUGCAGGAGGCAAAACUACUCCACUGGAAUGGAAGACAUAAACCGUGGGAUUUCCCGAGUGUCCACAAUGACUUAUGGGAGAGCUGGUUUGUUCCUGACCCGGCAGGGAUAUUUAAACUCCACCACCCCAACAGCUGA